CGAAAAGGAAAAGCUGCAUGCCGUGCUAGAUCAGCUUGAAGAGAAAGCACCGACCAUUAGUGUCUAGGCAUUGACAGUAUGAGGAACAUAAUCGCACAGUGACAAACGCGCAACGGGAAUGUUGCAACUUCAGAUAAAAGAAUGUGUUUCUGAAACAAGCCAAAAUUUUUUUUUAGCCUUCCGAGUGAAGUGAGCAGCUACGCGAGGGAGUAUAGGGAGGUAACUGGUCGAAGCCAGUCGAGUAUUGGGGACUGGAAUUGCGGAAGCGAGUUGGUGGCUUCUCUCAGCGGUAGAAGCGACGAUUGCUUUGAUCAGCGCGGUUUUAUAGCGUGCAGCCUGUGCUGAUGUCCGCGAAAAGUGAGACCAGUGCUCUUGUGGUGCGAUAACCCAUUGGAGAAUGAACGAUCCUCCAUAAGAGGGUGCGGGGCACAUUGGGUUGCAACUGAUCGAGUUUCCCCGUUUUCCCAGAGCAGUUUGAUAAACCAUCAGAGCUACGCCGUGGUUACGCCGGCGCUUCCGCUGGCCACGACGGAAACCAAUUUUCGGCUUCCAACAAUAUUGUGGGCUAAUGAUCACCAGAGUGAAGACGCACCUUUUGCAGCAACAAGAUGACGCACCAUGGCAUGGAGUAUUCGGCUUUGGUCGGGUCCAUGCCGUCGCUACGGCAGGGGUCUUUUCUACUGGGGGAUCGUGACCCUUGGUAUGUAAUUUGUAUGGACAACUGCAGAUUUGUUUCAAUCCUCUCUCCCUUUCUCCCCCUUUGUGGUGCAAGUAUGAACAUAAAUGAACAAAGGGCAGUUCUUGAAAAGUGGAAGGACUGCAAUUGUAAGCAAAGUACGUAAGCAAAGUACAUGAUCUGUAAAUGCUCCUUCAUAAAAACGUCCUGGAAACUACACGACGAGUCUCUAAGGCUGCACCGACGUCCUUUUGUGUCGGAAAUAUGAAAGCGGGACAGAUCAAAUGGCGAAAUGUAAGUUUCGAGUCGGAACCGCCAGCGCGUGUCGGAUUCAGUUGCUGGCUACAACAGCUGGAAGGGCGCGAUUUCAUUUUCGUUUUUGGUGGACAAGUUGUGGAUGAAACGCGAACCGGUGGAGCAGGCAAAAUUCACUUUAAACCAUCAACAAAGAUGUUCUGCUGCGACGUCGAGCAAAAAAAAUGGCGCUCAGUAUUAAUGUCGGACCCAACGCCGCCUCCAAGAGCGCAUGCCUCGUGUUGUGCACUCUCUGAUGGUACAGCUACUCAAUUCAAAUUUUCCACUCUGAAUUUUUUCAAGCAGAAGAUUCCAACGGCGACAGAAUGGACAAAAUCAGGGUUCUUUUUCUUCGCGGUAAAAAGUUUUGGUCCUUCAGCUGCAAGGUCACCCCUGAUCUUUUCGACAGGUGCGCUUUUGGGGUUCGGCCGUGGGCUGCCCGAGCAAUUGAAGUUGGCGGACGUGUGGCGGUUUGACGUUUCUCAGGCGCGGAUCGAGUUUCCAGAUGUAGAGGGCUGCUACUGGCGACAGCUGGAGUACAGCUUUGGAGAGCCGAGACCAAGUCCCAGGCUCGGGGCCAGCUUUCUAGCGGUAAAUCCUAACACGCUUCUCGUUUUCGGCGGGCAAGUAGGUGCCGUGGGGUGCAAAGAGGACACGCUUGCAGAUGGUACUACCUCUUUCCUUGUUUCUAUAUCGAUCAAUCCACUUACUGUGCUGGCAGAUCGUCGUUGUUCUUUAAACAAUUCAUUUAAAGAUUGGUUUAACUUUAUCUGCUAUGAAGGACCACAGCCGUUUAUCUCGUCCGCAUCCACUAGAUAUGUGGCAGAUGGACGUUGCUAGUCGCAAGUGGAAGAGCAUUCAGUAUGCCGGAUAUUACCCUGGCGCGAGACGCGGCGCGCACUUCGUGCGCGCGUCAAAUACAGAGCUAAUACUCAUUGGCGGAUACACGUCGCCAGACACUGCCUCCUUGGAGAUAUCGAUGGACCCUGGCGGAGGACCACAAAUGAAGUCAGGGACGCAGGUAAGAUUCAAAUAUUAGAGCAGAAAGACACAAUGGCCCGGACGAUAUUCUCCUUCUUCUGGGAUUGUCGUGGUUUGUCCAGAUUUUGAUAAAAAGAUUCAAAGGUUUGGGUUUCAUAUUUAUUAAAAAUGAUUUUGGAAGAUUGACGAGAUUCAUUAUUUGCAUCCAGCAUCCUUCGCCCUCUUUCUACAACAGUCGAUGAUGACCGGGGGAGCGUCAACGGGCGCGGCUUCAGCCGGCGGCGGCGGGUGCUGCUUGGACACGUUGGUCUACGACAUUGAGCUUUCUAUCUUUACGCGCCCAGCAAUCGGGUUCCUUCCGAGACGGCUCUCUCCUAACAUCUGCGUUGCUGGUAAAGUGCCGUGUCUUUAUGAUCGAGCAGAAUUAGCGCAAAUGCAUAUGUUCAAUACUAAUACUAGACGGUAGCUAGUAGAAUAGGCUACGAUGCUGCUCCUCGACGUUUUGUACGUUGUUGUUAACUCAAAGCAGAACUGUGCUUUUUGUUUUCUUCAGCAAGAAAUAACUCUUGUCUUUUUUUGCACUUCGUCUGGAUCAGCCUGGCUAGCGCACCCAGUUAUGCUUGUACAGUGCUGCGACUCGAUCUACCUACUCUAAGGAAUUGUUCUGAACAAGCGCGACAAGCAGGCGGCGUUUAUCCAAUAUCCGGGCGCCAAGAAGCCACCGCCAAAAAGGGAAGAGCCAGCCGAGGAAAUGAUGCGGAAUGACGCUGAGCGCAUUCUCUUCUUAGGGCUGAAAAAUUUGGAUUUUUCUAUGAACCUGCGAUUCUUCAUAAACUAGGGCUACAUGCUACGAGCUCCUUGCUCAAGAGAAAUCAUCUUCACGUGUGCAACAUCAAAAUCAAUUGAAUUCAGUGCCUGUGCUGGUCUAACUCUUCGCACGAGGAAAGAAAUCGACGAGAUAGAGCAAAGUCUGCAAGGGGUCUGUAAGGAGAAAGCAGAUGUGAAAAGUCAGUUGGAUGAAGUUAUGGCUGCAAUGGAGCCCGCUGAUGAAGUGAGGGAGGCGUAUGACGAAAUUGAGCGCCGCAAAGCAGAAAUCACGAGGCAGGAAGACGUCGAAGGGGACCUCCUUAGCUGGAUUUCUGAGGAAACCACAUAUAGAAGAAAUGCAAGUCUGCUGAAUCGACACAUCAAGAAUCUCGUCGCAGCGGCAGAAGCAAAGCUAUUCUCCGAGCAGGUCUUAGAAUACUCGCUUGAGCAGGAUAUAGAUGACGCGCGAAGGCUGACGCUAGAAGCAGAUACUGAGACAGCGUACACGACACACGCGGAGCAUUUAGAGAGGCUGCGCAGUUUGCUGGAAAGUCCGGAGUUCAAAGAGCUACUUGCCUUAAGGUUGGCUGUACAAAAAUAUUUAUUCCCACACUAAGUUUUGAAGCGCACUGCUCAAUUAGAUUAAUAGCUUUUUUCUCAGUCUUUGCCCAGAAAGUGAAGAUGAAUGAAGUUGAAGAAAGUGAGACCAAGGAAAAACGAGUGGCAGAGAAUGAUGAACCGCACGCGCAGACGUGAAGAUAUCUAACCCUCGGCGGGGCCAAACGAGAGGCGCGGAAGAAAAAAAUUGAGAAGAUGCUAAAGGACUGCCUUCCAGAGGCUAUGGGAGCGACAGCAAAGUCGCCGGGUGCCUCACGGAAAAACAGCGCUCGCAGCCAGACUUCACUCCAAGGUUGAAGUUGAGAGUUGGUUUGGUAUAGUGACAGGUUUAUCGUUUUACUGCGCAAAACCAUGUGUGAAUAGAGUUUUCACGUGACAUUAGUACUGUAUAUCCGAGUUUUGGAAAAAAUCAAAGGACUACAUCUACAAGUCUUAGUAUCGGACAGUCUUGGUUCUUCACGUAGAGUCAGAGUGUGUGGUGACCCUCGAGUAGGAAGAUUUCCAUGGACGGCGUUGUUGAUAGAAGUUACUUUGCGAUGUCAGCUAAACGCCAGUUCAUUAUGAUUUCUUUCUGUGUACAAAAAAAGAACGAUUUUGAUGAUUUUGGAACUUUGGAAAGGUGGCAAAUGGCAGAGAGAGAGAACUAGC